CAACAUGCGACCGUGUUUUCCGUAGUCAUCGUAGACUAGCGGGCAACGGCGAGAAGUGGAGAUUGUCUACACAAAAGAAAGUCUUCCGUUUGUGUAUUAGCUUAUACACUUUUGAAAACAAAAAUGCCGCUAGAAAAUCUGGAGGAAGAGGGUCUGCCCAAGAACCCCGACCUGAGGAUAGCACAGCUGAAGUUUCUGCUCACGAUGGAGGGACACCGACAUGACGCUAAAGUGAAGACGGAGCUCAUGGAUGCUAUCAAAGCUAACAAUAUGGCCCCGUACUACGAGGCUCUGUGCAAGGAGCUGAAGUGGCAGCUGGACAGCGACCUGCUGAGUAAAAUGAAAAAGGCCAACGAGGAGGAGCUGAAGCGUCUGGACAACGUGCUGGAGGAUGCAGAGAAGAACCAGGGAGAGAGUGAGAUACGAGACGCCAUGAUGGCCAAGGCUGAGUAUCUGAUCAGGAUUGGAGACAAGGAGGGCGCUCUAACGGCUUUCAGGAAGACCUACGACAAGACGGUGGCUCUGGGUCACAGACUAGACAUCGUCUUCUACCUGCUGAGGAUCGGCCUCUUCUACAUGGAUAGCGACCUCAUCACGCGCAACUCUGAGAAAGCAAAGAGUCUCAUUGAGGAGGGAGGAGACUGGGACAGGAGGAAUCGUCUGAAGGUUUACCAGGGCCUGUACUGUGUGGCCAUCAGGGACUUCAAGCAAGCUGCCGAGCUCUUCCUCGAUACUGUCUCCACCUUCACCUCUUAUGAGCUGAUGGACUAUAAGACCUUUGUCACCUACACAGUCUAUGUCUGCAUGAUCGCCCUCAAAAGGCCCGACCUCCGUGAAAAGGUAAUAAAAGGUGCAGAGAUCUUGGAAGUGCUGCACAGUCUGCCUUCUGUCCGCCAGUAUCUUUUCUCGCUCUACGAGUGCCGUUACUCAGUUUUCUUCCAAAGUCUGGCCACGGUGGAGCAGGAGAUGAAGAAGGACUGGCUGUUUGCUCCACACUACCGUUACUAUGUGAGGGAGAUGAGGAUCCAGGCCUACAGCCAGCUGCUAGAGUCCUACAGAUCCCUCACCCUGGGCUACAUGGCCGAGGCCUUCGGUGUCAGCACAGAGUUCAUCGACCAGGAACUGUCCCGAUUCAUAGCUGCUGGCCGUCUUCACUGUAAAAUUGAUAAAGUCAAUGAGAUUGUGGAAACCAAUAGACCUGAUAGCAAAAACUGGCAGUACCAGGAAACCAUCAAGAAGGGCGACCUGCUGCUCAACAGAGUCCAGAAGUUGUCCAGAGUUAUUAACAUGUAACCAGCUGUGAGGCCAUCAUCUUUUUCAUUACAGCAAAGUGGAUUUGCAUUAUUCUUCUUGGUAUACCGGAACCUAUUGUUUGUCUGACAAAUGACUCUUAUAUUGUGUAAAUAAUAAAACCUGUUUAACUGUU